GGGCGUGCGUUAUUGAUGGGCCCGCGCGGCGGCGCUGAGACGCGCGGUAAGUGGGUCAGGGAGGGAGCGGAUAGCGCAGUCGCCGACUCACUGCGCCCUCAACCUCUAGCCAUGGCGGACGCUCCGCCCGAGGUCCUCGAGCUCAACGUGGGCGGCGUGCACUACGCCACUACACGCGACACUCUGCUCCGCGAACCAGACUCGCUUCCCGCCGCCGCGCUGCGCGAUCCUGAUCAUCCGCGUGACGCCCGCGGGCGCAUAUUUUUUGACCGUGACGGCGUUCUUUUUAGAUAUGUCUUGGAUUAUCUCAGGGAUGGCGGACUCGUUCUUCCGGAAUGUUUCCGUGAACAUAAGCGACUUGCGAGGGAAGCGAAACACUACAGGCUGGUCGGCCUCGAGAACGCGGUCCGGGAGUCGGAUCCUCGGCCCCCGAACCGUGAACGGGGAUGCAUCACAGUCGGUUACCGGGGCAGUUUUCAAUUUGGCCGUGACGGGCUUGCUGACGUGAAAUUCCGUAAGCUGUCGCGUAUUUUAGUCUGCGGUAAAGUGACACUAUGCCGCGAUGUUUUCGGCGAAACAUUGAACGAGUCUCGGGAUCCAGACCAUGGUCUCGCGGACCGGUACACUUCCCGGUUUUUCUUGAAGCACUCGUUCAUCGAGCAGGCGUUUGACAUGUUGCAAGAGAAUGGUUUCAAACUAUCAGCGAGUUGUGGCAGCGGCACUGCUGGUGCGGCUGAACUGAAGCCCGGAGUGGACACGGAAGAAAACCGUUGGAACCACUACAACGAAUUUGUAUUUGUACGCGAUUAAGGUUGGUAGCGAUCGGCAUGGUGUUAAUGAAUGAAUCAGCUGAAGCACCGGUUGAGUAUGGCGCUUAUGAAACAGUGGAGGGCAAUAAAUAUUAUGAACGUAAAUAUGUCGAGCAUAUUACGGGAAAAAGAUAAUAUUAUAACUAUCUAACUAAAUGAAUAACUUUCUCUGGCAUCUGGAGAUUUAAAUAAUAUUUGCUUUCUUAUUUAACACUACACUAAGUUAAAAUUUGAUUUCAUUUACUCAAUAGUUAAUAUAAUUGGUUGUUAAAAUUAAUGAAACUAACAAAUGGUUAAUUUAAAAAUUCUGUACUGUAUUUUCUGAAAAUUUGUAAUAAUUGUUCAUUAAUUAUGUAGAUAAAUGAAAAACUUUAAAGAUAAUCAUGUAACAAAUAGGUAGCGAUAAAUGUAAAAAUAUAAAAUAAAUAGCGGUAGUCGAUUAUCCCCUUAUAGGAUUAAUUUCUUGUAUUGUACUUACAUAUUUCUACUGUAUUUUGAAAUUAUUUUUUAAUAAAUUUAUAGAAUAUAUGUAAUGUAUUUUCGAAGUGACUACGUGGGCCAUCUGUUUUGAUAUAAAAUUAUGCCAAAUUAUAUUACUUAUUACUGUAACAAGUCUGCAAGGUACGUUCGGUUUCAGUAUAUUGCAGUACAUUGAAUUUUAUAUUGUAUACUUAUUAUAAACCUAUAUUGUAAAACAAUCUGGGUACAUAGAUACCAUGUGAUGUGUUGUGAUCGAAUAAUUUGUUAUUCUACUAGUCAGCGUAGCCGUAAGACCAAAUUCGAUUUCAAAAUUUGGUAAGACUUCUAAGCAUUAUAAAGCGCGUAUGAAAUGUACCUUACAAGUAAAUAAUUAGGAUUUUAAGAACAAUGUUUUCAACUUGAUAUCUCGUGCAUAUUGAUAGCAAAUAAACUUUUAUAAACAUGAGAUAAAGACAAGAGUAUAGAAGUAUGAAAGCAGUUGUGAAGGAACUUUGGAAAUAUCACGAGGCGAACUUGGCUCAUUAGCAUACGGAUUCAUUUCGAAAUAUACCCUUUAUAUUUUAGCUACUAUUAUUUCUCGACAGAAUAAGGGCUUGGAGGUAUCUGCUAGUCGAAUUUAACGAUCGCAGCCAUAUCAUUAGAUUAUACCUAGAUAUUUUAAGCUUAACUUCCUUUACAAUCUUCCUGCUUAAUGUUGGUAGUUGAGUAGUUGAUUACCUCAUUAUCCAAAACAAUAGCCGGUUUUUAUUAAUGUCUAUACAAUAUUAUGAACAAUUUAUACGUUGAACUAUAAACCAGUAGGAUGUGUAGCUUUAGAAAUGUGAGUUUGGGCAGUACGAUGGCAAGUGGGUAUUAUAUGAUUUAAUCAAAUAUUUUAAGUAUACUUUAUACAUAAUAGAUAUUAUUCAACUUUCAUGUGACUGCCUCAGUUCCCAUCGUACAUUUUCAUUGCCAAAUAUAUCGUUAUAUGUGCCAUUGUCUACAGUAAUAUUUAUUAAAACAUGAUAUUGUGAUCUAUUUUUAUUUCCUAAGCGAUUAAAUUGAAUGUAAAAAUAUUGUAGUGUUUAAUGUAAUGUUAUAUAUUUAUAUUUUGUGUUAGUAUUUAAAUAUUUAUGAAGUUUGAAAUGUUAGGAGCUGUGUAAUUAUUUGUUACCAUUUUAUUCACACCAACUGACUAAAUACUGAGUAUUAUGAGUUAUAUCUAUAUAACCUUGUCUUGUAACUGAGUUACGGAUGUCUGAAAAAAAAAACAGUAUUGGAACUGGUCUUGAUCAUUACUGUAGGAUUUCUAAAAGAAUAGUUUUGGGAAUAAAUUUAGUUAAAAAAAUAUCUU